UUUUCCAUUUAAAAGGCAUGUUGACAUUUGGUAGACAGAAUGCGUCAGAGAAGAACAUCGAGGACGCCGACGGUCACGAACUUUCGGUGCAAUUUUUCCCAAUUUCCCAAAAUUCACUUUUUCCCAAACUUCUCCUUUUCCUUUCUUUAAUUCCCCAUUUCCACCCUCUCUCUUCGCCGCAUCACACUCAUCUUCCAAAUCCCAAAUGGACCUUUACACCGCCACCGCCGCUUCUCUUCUCCGCCACUCCUCUCCUUCCUCCCACCACUUCCUUCACUUCUCCUCUUCCCCUCCGUCGCAAACUCCCCCCGCAGUCUCCCCCUCCGACGAGUUCAACGAAUCCGAGCUCUUCUGGACUGCCGAUUUCGUCUCAUCAUCCAAUAACUCUUCCCGCUCUAGAAGAAUCUCUAGCGAUGAUCGCGCCUCCAGUUUCAUUCCUCCUCCAAACUCCGGCAUCCUCGCCGCUUUAUCUGAUGAUUCCAGUUACAAUCGGAAAAAGAGAAUCGGAACGAUUCUGACUCGAGAUACUUCAAUCACUAAAUCCCCAUCGUCGUCGAUGCGAUCAAUUCCAAGGCCGGUUCAGAGUAAUAGAGAUUACUCACAAUCCGUACCUUGUAGGAAAUUUCAGCAAUCAGCUCCGAUCAAAGUGCCGGAAGCGAUGAGGAAAGACAGGAAUAAUGGGGAGCAUGUUGAGAGAGAGGAGGAGGAAGAGGAGCAGAUGUUACCACCGCAUGAGAUAGUGAGGAGAGGCUCCGGCAUGUCGCCAAACACGACAUUUUCGGUGCUGGAAGGAGCGGGAAGGACGCUGAAAGGGAGGGAUCUUCGUCGAGUUAGAAACGCCGUUUGGCACAGAACAGGUUUUGUUGAUUGAAAUUUGGGGUUUGGUUUGACUUUGAAUUUUGAACUCCGGCGAUCUUCUUCCUCAGCUACAUCCGCUUUUUUUCUUUCUUUUUUGUGUAGAACUGGAAAAGGGGAAGCGUUUUUCUUCCUCCUCCUCCUCCUCCUCCUCCUCUGUUCGAUCAGUUUUUAGCUUUUCAUAGAUGUGAGGAAUAAAAGGAAUCAAUCCAGAAAUUUAGCUCAAAUUAUAGGUCGCCGUCUGUGAUCGAUACUUCUUGUUCUUUUGUUCUUUUGUGUUUUUCUUUUUCCAAUUCUUACCGAAUACAUUACUAUUGAUCUA